UGAAAUGCAAGAGGACUGUUGUUUUUGGGAAGGACUCAUUCAUGUAAAUUGGAGAAGGCAUAAUUGGAACAAAGUUGGCAGUGUUUCAGCCAGUACACUUCAGCACAGCUGAGCUUUAAAGGUCAUUGGAAAUCAAGUGCUUCGUAAGUGAAUGCAGUUAGAGAACAAGCAAUCCAUGAUGAUGUAGACACCGUGGUCUGAGGAAUGGUGUGUUUGUUUCGUGACGCGCUUUGCUCUACCCUUUGGCUCAUCCUUUUCUUCUGUUUGCCUGGGGCAUAUGCAGCAGCUCUGUGCAUUUCAUUGCAGAGAUUUAUAAAUGGUCUAGAUGUUUUUCUGCUCCUGCCGGCCUGUCUUAGAGGAAUGCAUAUCUAAGAUAAUAUGUUUAGAAAGAGCAAAUGGCGCACCGGUUAAGACUUCAUUUUGCAACUAGAAGAAGCAAUACUGAUCCUCUGCCAGAAAGCUCUGGAGAUGGCUUGGAUAGUAAUAUUCACAUGUGUUUUAGGACAUUCUCCACACCAAGUGUGAUACAGAUGAGGCUAUCUCCACGGCACACUGUGCAGCAGGCACCCUCCCCAGAAAGCAUUCUUUUGCAGCAAGGGUCUUCGGUGUCAUCAUCAAACAAGAAGAGUACAUCUUUGCAGAUUUCUCUACAGCCAAGCAGGAAUAGUAGAUGCCAACAUGAUGGCAAUACAGAACCUGCUGCAGAAGACCUAUUAUUUGCCAGUGCUUACCAGGAUGGAUUUAAUUGCAAUUCUAACAUGAGCAGCAAUUAUAGCUGUCAUUCAGUGCUAAAUGACAGUGCUAUGUUGAAUAGCACCUCAGCUGAUGACUGCAGUCAGUACAGCAUUACUGCGAGCGACAAUGGGUCUUACAGCAGCAAUAGCAGUGAUUACGGAUCCUGUACAAGUACCGCAAGUGAUGCUGGUUCUUAUACCAACAGUAUUUUAAGUGACACUAGUAGUUACACUCAUUCUGUAGGUGAUGGGAAUUAUGUUAGUGGUAUGCUUCAUGGUAAUCCACCAUGUGUAAGCAAAGAAGAGAAAACUAUUUAUUUUACAAAUAGUAACCUGCAAGAGGUUUUAUCAAGAAAUAAAUCUCCGUCUGACCAAGACACUGUGGAGAAAGAUGUGGAACUAGUGAAAAUGCCUUCAAGAAAGAAAACUAGACUUCCAUUGAGACGUUGUUCUUCAUUGGUUAUUUUUCCACGAAGUCCUUCUGACACCCCACCAACGUCUCCAACAACCUUAGGUCCUCUGUCGCCUAGAAGCUCCUAUCAAACUUCAUAUCAGUUAAUGCUUAGCUCUAAUGAGGUUGCACUAAAUGAGGAACAGGCAUUAUCAAAGGGUUUUCUUUCAACGGCAGUCAAUGGGGUUCGUCUGUCCAAAAAUAAUUGCACUAUUUCUGAAGUUAGAGACAUUAAACCACUUUACUUGAAUGAUCCUCUGCAAGAGGGAAAUAAUCCUUAUGAUCUAGAAAAGGCCUACACUGUAAAUGAAAGAUUUUCUUAUGUUUCAAUACCGUCUGGUCAGCAGAAACAAUCUAAAAAAGAAAAUGUUAGAAACCACCAUAAGCCACACACACAUGAUGAUCAAUCUCAAAUGAGCUCUGAUGUUCAACACAGUAAAAUUCGGCUAAUACGUAGGUCACCUGCGUGUUCUCCAUCUAAUAAAGGUUCAGAAUAUCAUAUAAAUAUUAACAAGGACAGAAGGGAGAGAAAUAUCCCCAAAAGCAAAUCAAAUCACAUCUUUCAGAGAAGUAUAUCUGAAGGACCUCCACAGAAAUUUUCCUGUUCUUCCAGUCUUAAAUAUAAUUACCCCAAAAUAGGAUCAUCUCAUUUGCACAUACAUUUUGCUCCUGGUAAUGAAAGCAGGAUAAGUAGUUAUAAAAAACAGUCUUUAAGGAGCCCUAAAACAGAAUUAAUGAAUAAACCCUCAGUGAAAUUCCACAAGACCAGGGACGAUUUUCUUGGUCAAGUGGAUGUCCCCCUUUAUCAGUUACCGACAGAAAAUCCACGGUUGGAGCGACCAUAUACAUUUAAGGACUUCAUUCUUCACCCAAAAAGUCAAAAAUCUAAAGUUAAAGGAAAUCUUAGACUAAAAAUGACUUAUUUGCCUAAAACCAAUGGAACUGAUGAAGAAAAUGCAGAACAGGCUGAAGAGCCUGAGCCUGACUGGAUUUUUUUGGACCAACCAGAUGUCUCUUGUCAACCGCAACAGCAUCAAGUGCUUUCUCCACUACCUCCAGGCUGGGAAGAAAGACAAGACAUCCUUGGCAGAACAUAUUAUGUCAACCAUCAGUUUAGAAGGACACAGUGGUGUAGACCUGCAGUUCAUGAUGGAACUGCUGGUCCAGAAAGUGGGAAUGCUCAGUUCCAAGAACAGCACGCAUUCACAAUGCGGAGGCAAAUUUCUGAAGAAACAGAAUGUCCAGAAACCAGAGAUUCUCCAGAGAGUUGGGAAAUUAUUACAGAAGAUGAAGCAACUGUAUACAGCAAUCAGUCUGUUCAGCCACAUUUUGCUGGAAACAAUGACGUCCAAUCACAAAUCACAGAAGAGCUCAGUGCGAGACUUAACAUAUCAGUGAAUACACUUAACGGCAGACCGAGCUCCAGCACAGUCCAUUCCAGCAGAAGAGGGAGCUUGCAACCUUACACUCCUGAAGAACUUCCUGCAUUACCUAUUGUAUUACCUACUUCAUCUGGGUUACCACCUGGCUGGGAGGAAAAACAAGAUGACAAAGGAAGAUUAUAUUACAUUGAUCACAAUACACGAACUACUACAUGGGAAAAACCUGCAAUGCUGCAGGGACCCAUAGAAACUGCUCAACAGUGCUCUACAGAGAGUUCUUCAGCCAGUUGUCAACCACAAGUUACAACCAGUGAUUCCACACAAGUGUCUUCAAACACAGAGUCAGGAUUACUACCCAAGGGCUGGGAAAUACGACAUGCACCAAAUGGAAGACCAUUCUUUAUCAAUCACAUUACCAAAACCACUACAUGGGAAAGCCCGAGGUUGAGGAUUCCUGUUCAGUUGCGGCCAAAGCCACCUAUAGAGCUCUCAGAUCUGGGACCUCUACCUCCGGGAUGGGAAGAGCGAAGUCAUACAGAUGGAAGAGUCUUCUACAUUGACCAUAACACAAAGCAAACACAAUGGGAGGAUCCACGAUUGCAGACGGCAGCAAUAACUGGACCAGCUGUGCCUUAUUCACGGGAUUACAAAAGAAAAUAUGAAUACUUUCGUAAAAAACUAAAAAAGCAGACGGAUAUUCCAAAUAGAUUUGAAAUGAAAUUGCGUCGUACAGCCCUUCUUGAAGACUCCUACAGAAAAAUCAUAUCUGUGAAGAGAGCAGAUAUCCUCAAAGCCCGCCUCUGGAUUGAGUUUGACAGUGAGAAAGGCUUAGACUAUGGGGGAGUAGCCAGGGAAUGGUUCUUCCUAAUUUCCAAAGAAAUGUUCAAUCCAUAUUAUGGUCUUUUUGAAUAUUCUGCUACUGAUAAUUAUACCUUACAGAUUAAUUCAAAUUCUGGACUAUGCAAUGAAGAUCACCUUUCUUAUUUCAAAUGUAUUGGCCGUGUGGCUGGGAUGGCUGUGUAUCAUGGAAAGCUUCUCGAUGGAUUUUUUAUUCGGCCAUUUUAUAAAAUGAUGCUACAGAAAGCAAUAACUCUGAAUGAUAUGGAAUCUGUGGACAAUGAAUAUUACAAUUCUCUCCAAUGGAUAUUAGAGAAUGAUCCCACAGAACUGGAUCUGCGUUUUGUUGUUGAUGAAGAACUUUUUGGACAAACCCAUCAACAUGACUUGAAACCUGGUGGAUCAGAAAUAGUGGUCACGAACAGAAACAAGAGAGAGUAUAUUCACCUUGUCAUACAAUGGAGAUUUGUCAACAGGGUUCAGAAGCAAAUGGCUGCGUUUAAAGAGGGCUUCUUUGAACUUAUUCCACAAGACUUGAUUAAGAUUUUUGAUGAAAACGAAUUGGAGCUGCUAAUGUGUGGGUUAGGAGACGUGGAUGUGAAUGAUUGGAGGGAGCAUUCAAAGUACAAAAAUGGCUACGCUCAGGGUCACCAAGUCAUACAAUGGUUUUGGAAGGCUGUUCUAAUGAUGGACGCAGAAAAAAGAAUCCGGCUGCUUCAGUUUGUCACAGGCACAUCCCGGGUGCCCAUGAAUGGAUUUGCAGAGUUGUAUGGCUCAAAUGGACCACAGUUGUUUACAGUUGAAAAAUGGGGCACCCCAGAAAAACUUCCCAGAGCGCACACAUGCUUUAACCGCCUGGAUUUACCUCCCUACGAAACAUUUGAAGACUUAUGGGACAAGCUUCACAUAGCAAUUGAAAAUGCUCAGGGCUUUGAUGGGGUGGAUUAAAAAAAUGUAGAAAAAGUAUUAAAAAGUGCUACGUUUACAAAAGAAAACUCCACUUUCCAAGUAAACUUCUCUAGUAUUAAUUGUCAACUCAAGUUGGGAAGUCUUCUCUUAAAGGGACAUAAAGCACAAACAUGAAUUCCCUACAAAAUGUUUAAUUAUACAUAGUAAAAAAACAACAACUUCCGUCUGCAUUGUACACACUGAUUGCUUGGUCACUGUAGCAACUAAUUUAUAUCUCUUCCUAAUUAGCCUCAACAGGUAAGGUAAUAGCCCCUUAAAACGGGUAUUUCAAAACAAUGCAGAUUUUGCUAACAAAAUGACAAUUUUAAUGCUUUGAAACAAAUAUUUAUUUUGUAUACAGAACUUUUUUCAAUUGCUGAUAUAUACUAUGUAUAAAAGUUUUAUAUCCCUUUAAAAAUGAGACAUUCAAAAAUGAGUUGUCAAUCAUGGCAUAUAAACCAGUUUUGCUGGUGUGCUGCUUAAUGUUCACACAUUAUUUUUAAACUCAUGAAUGAAAUCAGAACAACUAUUUUUUUUUCUUUAUUUUUACCUCUAUAGAAAAAAAAUAUUUUUAUUAAUAUCCACGCUAAAACUACUGUACUAUUUAACUGUGAAUAUUGCUUAAAUCCUAUGAUUGCUAAAAGGAAGUGCCUGCCCUUGUGUAUAAUAGCUGCCCAGGUUUGGCCAGCACGUGCAUUUUAAAACGUAUACGAAAUUUCUAAAUGCUGCUUUUGUAACAUUUGUUUUUUAUUUCUGUAAAUUGUAUUACCUUUCCCACCUCCAAAGAAAUCCAAUUUUAUGUAAUUAUCCUUUACACAUGAAAUGUUUUUGAGCCACAGUUUUUUCUUAGAAACUUGCUAUGUCCUUUUUUUUCUUGUUAAGUUUUUAUAUUUUCAAAGGAAAUAACUUUGAUAUACUUAUCUUUAAGUUGCUUUGUGUAUAUUCUUGUUGUUUUGUGUAUUUUUUUUGUUCUUAUUUUUCAGCGCAUUUCUGUUGGGUAAAUAGUUUUAACAGUUCUAAGGUAAAACUGUUUCAUAGCAGAAAUAUGUGUAUACAUUUCUUUUUGUUUUAUUUAAAAGGUGGAACACAAUUUAUCAUAGUCUGCACACAUUUUUUGCAACCUUGCACAGAUAUAUAUAUAUAGAGAGAGAGAGAGAUGUUUACAGAGUUGUACACGUUUACAAUAGCUCUAGCUUAGUUUUUUUUAUAUAUAUAGAAUAGUUUCUUCACUUUUAGCCUAGAUACCAAACAAUUUAUAAUAUAACAUAACCAAAGUCAGGUAUAAUUAUGUACAAAUGAUGUACUUUCUUUGUUUAAUUAAUGUGACUCAAUGUCUUUUUCUACAAUUAAAUUAUUUUUAAGUUACAAUGUUAAGUUGUUUUCUUAUUAAUUUACAAGCCAUUUCUAGUUUGAUUCGCAUAAAAAAAGUUAUUUUAUCCACAGCCCUUUUCCCGGUUUCAUAGACGGCUGAGAUAUUUACUAUAAGUUUGUUUUGUAAGGCUAAGACAGGUUGCUUUUGAUUUAUCCGGACUGUUCACAGUGGAAAUGGGCAAACUUGAGUUUUAUCUAUCGGAUUAGGCAAUAAUGUUAGUAGAGAUAUGCAAAUGUAAAAGGACAUUAAACUCAGAAUUGAAUUCCCUGUAAAAAAAAGAAAAGGUAUCAUUAUGUUCAGUAAAUAAACUUUGCAAUAUACUUUUAUUAUUUAUUUUGCCUGCUUUACCGGAUAUUUAAAUCUGGAAAUUGUGUUUUCCCACUCCAUUUAAAGGGACAUUGUACACUAGAUUUUCUUUGCAUAAAUGUUUUGUAGAUGAUCCAUUUAUAUAGCCCAUCUGGGAGUGUUUUUGUAACAACGUAUAGUUUCUUAUUUUUUAAUAACAUUGUGCUGAUUUUCAGACUCCUAACCAAGUCCCACAGUGUCAGAUGUAUGUAUACACUCGUUUACAGACUCCUUCUGGCUCCUGUUUGUUAUCUGUCUUUUAAUAUUUAGGGAAUGGGAGGGAGUGUCUUUUAUUCUUGUUUUCCCAGCCCCUUUCACUGGAUGUCCCAGUCUAACCUCAGCAACAGUGCUAAAUUGGGAGCUUCUAAGUUAGUUUUUAAAAGGUUUUAUACUGGAUUUUUAUAUCAGCAUCUGUGCAUAUUCUUCUUUAUAGUAGUGUCUAUUAUACAUGCAGUUAUAUGAAAAUUGUUGUAUACCGUCCCUUUAAAUAUGCUGAAGUGCAUUUCAUGGAAUGUAGACCCCUGACCCUCCUACAUGCCACUAUAUCAGUUCCUGCUGCUCCAACUAUACUCACAGACACGUUAAUCCAAUGUAGAAAUAUACUGCACAGACUAUGCACAGAAACUCCAUAAAUGGCACAUUUUAUUAAAAAGAAUUAAAACUUACAGAUUGUAGGAUACACGAGGAGUGUUAGUACUAACGUAACAAAAUGAAUGUAACCUGGCGCGUUUCACACCCUCCUUUCGUUUUCUCAAUAGAACAUGCCACACAGUGGUUGGUUGAUAUGGACAUGCGCUCAUUUAUAUUAGUCUGUAGAUGGCAACAGUGAUGGAGAUGGGAAUACAGCACUUAAGUGGCUUUUCAUAGAGGUGUCCAAUCCAUAUACUGCUAAAUAAUGGAAAUUCUGCUUAAAAAUGACAGUUUAAAUUGUUGGAAAACAUUGCACAUAUGCAGAUCUGUUUGAUUACAGUGAUUCAUUUCUGAUGUGUAUAUUUAUAAAAAAAAUUGUACUAAUGUCCCUUUAAAAUUAAAACAAAUGUGACAUUUACUUGAACUUUUUUUGUUUUUUUAAACAUUCAGCUAAAACCUUCACUACUAUAUGGGAUGGCUCUAUUGCAUUGUUACUUUAAAUGUAGAAUAUAUGGUUAGACAUUUUUAUAACAUUCUAAAUGCAUUCUAAAGUCAAAGGGACUUACAGUAAUUAAAGGGACAGUCUACACCAGAAUUGUUAUUGUUUAAAAAGAUAGAUAAUGCCUUUACUACACUUUCCCCAGCUGUGCACAACCAACAUUGUUUUAUAUAAUAUACUUUAUAACCUUUAAACCUCUAAAUUUCUGCCUGUUUCUAAGCCACUACAGACAGCCUCUUAUCACAUGCUUUUUUUAUUAGCUUUUCACAACAGGGGUGUCCUAGUUUAUGUGAGCCAUAUAGAUAACAUUGUGCUCACACCCGUGGCUUGUGGCAGACACUGCACUAAUUGGAUAAAAUGCAAGUCAAUAGAUAAUAAAAAAAAAGUCAUGUGAUCAGGGGGCAGUCUGCAGAGGCUUAGACACAAGGUAAUCACAGAUGUAAAAAGUGUAUUAAUAUAACUGUGUUGGUUGUGCAGAACUGGGGAAUGGGUAAUAAAGGCAUUAUCUAUAUUUUUAAACAAUACCAAUUUUGGAGUAGACUGUCCCUUUAAGUAUUACGAACAUUGCUUAUAGUGUGCUUUGCAAUUUUCUGACCCACUUUUAUGUAAAUUGAGGUUAAUGAGAGACAGCCCGUUUAACGUACAAUACCUAAUACAUGUCACUCAGGUUUAAAAUAGCUCCACAUUAUUCUUGAACCUCUUGAUAGUCUAACAAACUGUAAAUCAAAGGAAGUACAGGUAGCCCUUAGUUUACGCCGGGGUUAGGUUCCAGAAGGAAUGGUUGUAAAUCGAAACCGUUGUAAAUUGAAACCCAGUUUAUAAUGUAAGUCAAUGGGAAGUGAGGGAGUUAGGUUCCAGGCCCCUCUCAAAAUUGUCAUAAUAACACCUAAUACAUUAUUUUUAAAGCUUUGAAAUGAAGACAUUGAAUGCUAAACAGCAUUAUAAACCUAAUAAAAUAAUCACACAACACAGAAUAUAUAAUUAAACUAAGUAUAAAAAACUUUUGCUAAACAGCAUUAUAAACCUAAUAAAAUAAUCACACAACACAGACUUCACUUGCAUUUUUCUGCAAACAGUUCUUUCUAUGCAUUCCAAUCUGGACUGAUUUAUAGACAGGAAGAUCUUGUUCUUUUGAAAUCUGCUCUAUAGUUUAGGUCUGGUUAAACUGAUUAAUUUCAGCUUGCUUGGCUUUGCUGCAACACAAGCGGACAGCUCCACCUACUGGCUAUUUUAAUAAAUGCACUGCUUCUCAAUGCUUUUCAAUAGCAGUCACAUGACUGGAAAAAAAGGUUGUUAUUCUGAAACGGUGUAAAUUGAACCGUUGUAAAAUGAGGGCCACCUGUAUUAUACAGUAGUAGAACAAUUAAUGGUGUGUAAUGAGAUAUGCAUUGGUUAAAAUGCUGUUUAUGCUGACGUAAAGGGACUGACGAGGGCAAAAAAUAAAAUGCUCUGUUUUAAUACACCAUCAAAUAUGUUUUGCUUCUGUGCCACUGCAUGAUACAGCUGGUGGGCCAAUCGGAAGCAGGCAUACAUACUUAUGCUCCAGUCGCUGACCUUAACCUGAUCUGGAGAAGAAUGAGGGUGUUUCAUGAGUGCAGCAUUGACUGUGUGUUUAACCCUUUUAAAAGCAAUGUGUUAAAAAUAAGUUGCUUUAAUAAAAUAGUGUUUUAUGUUUACACUGGCACGUCCCUUUUAAUCUUGUAAGCAGAUUGAGUAACUCAAAAAUAACAGCCCUAGGGCCAUUCAGGGACACAUUUAGGUAUUAGCCAACAAGGCCCAAGGCUAGGGUUGCAGCACAAUUUUAGCUUGGACGGAGUCAUGCCAACUUAUGCAUAAAGUAUCCCUCUUAGCUUCUUUUUUAGUUCCCAUCUCAGAUUCAAAGUGUGCAAAUAACUAGGCAGCAAUUAAAGGGAUGUUUUAGAAACAUAUCGCAAGGGACAUAAGUAAGAGUUGAGGAUAAGCCUAGGCAAGUUAAACACUUGUAUAUAGUCCUCUACGGCCAUUAGUUGUCGCUUACUGACAUGUAUUGCUAUGAAUGUUUUGUCAGGUUUAAAAAUGUGUGUGUGAUUAAAAAGACCAAGAUGUCAUUCUUAUUUAGAACAGGUCGGUUAAAAAGCAGAGACUUUUCAAUGUCAUUAUUAUUAUUAUUACAUUUUCAACAAUUGCAAAAAGCACUAUAAGUAAUGUUUAAGACCACAUAUUUGUGCAAUUAGCAAAGGUAAUGUCCCUAAUAAAUCGUUCUCAGUUUUUUUUAAUGAUGAGUUAGCAAUGAGUACCUGAGUAUGUGACGUAACUGCUUUUAAGCACCUUACUUCAGUAAAGGAUAUUACAGAAAAUUAAUGUGUCUUAAUAGUGUUUUUAUAUAAACAAUUUUUCCUUUCGGCUGCAUCUUUACUUAUGAAAGUAUUAUAUACCAUAAUGUGUAUAUAUAUUUACAUUAUUUGUAAAUAAAUACAUUUAUAGAUAAGUCAUUUGUAAGCUUUUUUGUACAAAUCCAUUAAUAUAGAACAGAAUCUGUAUAGAUUCAAAUGUUUAAAUAUUUGUUUCAUUCUAUAUAGAUAAAAUACUCACAACACUAAUUCUUAAUAAAGAUUUAUUCUUA